AUGAGAGAAAAUGUUCAUGCAAUUCCUACUUCUUGGUUACUUCCGGCUUCAAUGUCUCGUCUUCAAUAUUUUGCAGGAACCAACAACUCUUUGUUAAGUAGAGGACGUCUAAAAAUUAAUCCUCUCUACAUCGUCCUCACUUUCAUCGUUUUCAUUUGCCUCCGGUGGAUGACUUUUUUCGUGAUCAAAGGUGAUUCAAUUCACGAAGUGAUUCCAGCAAACAGAAUUCCCAGGAAGUCUCAAGAGAAAAUCAACCAAAAGUAUCCACUGGUCAGGUGCCCCGCCGGAAACUCCACCCAGACAUGCCCGGCAAAAAAUUCUCCGGCGAGAUUCGAGACCCAGCAGGAGGCGUCGGGCCGGGUGUGCCCGGAAUACUUUCGGUGGAUCCACGAAGACCUCCGGCCGUGGAGGAGGACAGGAAUAACCAGGGAAAUGAUGGAGCGCGCCAUAUACGAAUCGAACUUCAGGCUGGUGAUAUUGGACGGGAAAGUGUACGUGGAGAAGUACAAGGACGCAUACCAGACGAGGGACGUGUUCACCAUAUGGGGGAUUUUGCAGCUGCUGAGAUUUUACCCCGGCAAGUUGCCGGACUUGGACUUGGUGUUUCACUGCGGCGACCUGCCGUUGAUCCAAAAGAGCGACUACGAUGGACCAGAAGCCCUAACGCCGCCGCCCAUCUUUGACUACUGCAGCGAUGAUUCCAGCGUCGGCAUUGUUUUUCCUGAUUGGUCCUUUUGGGGUUGGCCAGAGAUCCAAAUAAAGUCAUGGGUGCCAUUGAAGAAAGAGCUAGAAGAAGGAAAUAAGAAAUCAAAGUGGAUGGAGAGGGAGCCAUAUGCUUACUGGAAAGGCAACCUUUUGUCAGGUUAUGGUAGACUCAACCUUUCCUUUUGCAAUGUCACUGAGGAUUACGACUGGAAUGCUAGAAUCUAUCACCUGGAUUGGCAGGCUGCAUAUUAUAGUGGAUACAAAGACACGGAUUUAGCAAGCCAAUGCACACAUAGGUACAAGAUUUAUGUGGAAGGAGUUACAUGGUCGGUCAGUGAAAAAUAUAUUUUAGCAUGCGAUUCCGUCACCCUAUUAGUGACACCCAAAUACUAUGAUUUCUUCACAAGAAGUUUAGUACCAUUGAUUCACUAUUGGCCUAUCAACAUUAGAGAUGAGUGCAGAUCUAUUCAAUUUGCUGUUGAUUGGGGCAACCGCAAUCCACGAAAGGCACGAAAGAUAGGAAGGGCUGGGAGCAAAUUUAUUUCAGAGAAGCUAGAGAUGAACAAUGUGUAUGACUACAUGUUUCAUCUAUUAAAUGAGUACUCAAAGUUGUUGAGAUACAAACCAGUUGUACCUCUAGGAGCUGUGGAAUUGUGCACAGAAACAAUGGCUUGUACAGGGACAAAAGAUGCAGAGAAGAUGUACAAAAGGGAAUCCAUGGUAAAGGCUCCUGCAGAUACAGGGCCAUGUGAGAUGUUGCCUCCCUAUGAUCCUCCUGCUCUUCAAGCUUUCCUUGACAAAAAAGAAAAAUUAUUGAAGCAAGUGCAGAGAUGGAAAGAGAGUGGAAAUAUUGCAAGGAAGACUUCAUGA